AUGAUCCGCUCAACGCAAAUAGCCCGCCUCGAUGGCCUGAUGCUCUGCGCCUCGGUGGACGAAGAUGCGAGCGACUCGGCGCUGGCCGAGGUCAAGUCGCAGGUCAAGCUGGUGCUGCGGCGGCUGAACCGCAACAGCGAGACGCAGGCGUCCAUCGAGAGCGGCUCGGCCUACACGCUGCACUACCUGAUCGCCGGCGACGUGGUGUACGUGUGCAUCUCGGACCGGUCGUACCCGCGCAAGCUGGCCUUUACGUACCUGUCGGACCUGGCGACCGAGUUUGCCAACACGUACAGCCAGGCCCAGGUAACGUCGCCGACCCUCCGACCCUACGCCUUUGUCGAGUUCGACACCUUCAUCGGCCGCACCCGCGCCACCUACACCGACGCCAGGGCCACCCAGAACCUCGACAAGCUCAACGACGAGCUGAGAGACGUCACAAAGGUCAUGACCAAGAACAUCGAAGACCUGCUCUACCGCGGCGACAGCCUCGAGAGGAUGGGCGAGCUGAGCUCCAGGCUGAGGGACGAUUCCAAAAAGUACCGGCGUGCCGCCGUCAGGAUCAACUGGGAGCUCAUGCUCAAGCAAUACGGGCCCUUUGCCGGCCUGGGCGCUUUUAUCUUGUUCUUUUUGUGGUGGCGUUUCUUUUGA